AUGCCGGGACUUCUCAGUUUAAUCGUUCGCAAUGAUGCGAUGCGAUCCGAUCCGAAAGAGAUCUAUGGUUGGAGAGUCUACAUGCUCGCAUGCUCGGCAUGUUUUGGUGGUAUGCUCUUCGGUAUGGAAACUGGGAUUAUCGGGGGAGUCCUCACCAUGGAUCCCUUUAAAGACAAGUACGGCUUGCAAGGCCUCAGCGACGUAGCAGAGGCAAACCUGUCUGCCAAUAUUGUAUCCACACUGCAAGCAGGGUGUUUCUUUGGUGCUCUCAUUGCCUCUCCAGUGGCCGAGAAAUGGGGAAGGAAAUUCUGUCUAAUACUGGCAUCUAUCCUCGCCAUCAUUGGUGUCGUCAUGCAGGUUGCAGCCAGCGGUCAUUUGGAGGCUAUGUACGUUGGAAGGCUGAUUAACGGGUUUGGGGUCGGUUUUGCCUCAAUGGUCAACCCACUAUACGUUUCGGAGAAUGCCCCCAGAGCUAUUCGCGGCAUGUUGACGGGGUUAUAUCAACUUUUUAUCACCACAGGAAUCAUGCUUGCUUUUUGGAUCAAUUAUGGUUCAUUGCUUCAUAUUAAGGGCGCUGCCAUGUACCUGGUUCCCUUGGUAAUGCAGGCUCUACCGGCACUUCUUCUGUUAUUGGGCAUGCUAUUAUGCAAUGAGUCCCCUCGUUGGCUGGCGAAGCAAGACCGCUGGGAAGAUGCCAGGGCCACUCUGUCUAGAGUACGAAGUCUACCUUCUACUCACCCCUAUGUCGAGAACGAGUUCCAGGAUAUCGUCAACCAGCUUGAACUAGAGCGUCAGAUUGUCGGUGGCUCCGGUUUCUGGGAUCUGAUGAAGGAGAUGUGGGUGAUUCCUGGAAACAGGAAGCGAGCGAUGAUUAGUGUCUUCCUGAUGGUCUGCCAGCAGAUGACGGGAACCAACGCAAUCAACUACUACGCUCCUCAAAUUUUCAAGAACCUAGGCGUCACCGGCAAUGCAACCAACCUAUUUGCCACAGGUGUCUACGGUAUCGUCAAGAUGGUCGGCUGUGGCAUAUUUUUGGUCUUCGUUGCCGACUCCCUCGGACGACGACGAUCCCUCCUCUGGACCUCCGUUGCCCAGGGUCUUGCCAUGCUCUAUAUCGGUCUCUAUGUCCGUAUAGCCCCUCCCGUGGAAGGCCAGCCCGUCAUUCCUGCUGGAUACGUCGCCCUCGUUUGUAUUUUCCUCUUCGCUGCCUUCUUCCAAUUCGGCUGGGGUCCCGUGUGCUGGAUCUAUGUCGCCGAGAUCCCUACGGCUCGUCUAAGGUCUCUCAAUGUCUCGUUCGCAGCGGCUACACAAUGGCUUUUCAACUUUGUAGUGGCUAGAGCAGUCCCAAAUAUGCUGGCCACGGUUGGUGCGAAUGGAUAUGGAACUUAUAUAAUAUUUUCCUGUUUCUGCUUUUCCAUGGGAGUGUUUGUGUGGUUUUUCAUCCCAGAAACAAAAGGCCUCUCUCUUGAGAAAAUGGACGAGCUUUUUGGUAUUACUGCACCUGUCAAUGGCAAAUCAACCGACACAAAGAGGGUCUCGACUGAAGAUGAUAUCAAGAGCAAUGCUGCUACAGAGACUAGGGUAGAGAGUGUGUAA